AAUAAUAUUUUACACAGGCACAACAUGUGGCUGUUUAUGGCAAUCCUUUUUCUGAUACAAGCACCCACAAACUCAACAAAUACCAUCGAGCAGAAAAAGGCUAUAAAUCCUGAGACUUUCAUGAAUGUUAGCCAAAUUAUCUGCCACAGAGGGUACCCCAGCGAGGAGUAUGAAGUCCUGACUCGUGAUGGCUACUACAUCAGCCUGAACAGAAUUCCUCAUGGGAGAGAAAAUCCUAGGAACAGAGGGCCCAAGUCAGUCGUGUUUCUACAGCAUGGGUUACUCGGAGAAGGCAGUCACUGGGUGGAAAAUCUGGCUGACAACAGCCUUGGCUUCAUAUUAGCAGACUCUGGCUACGAUGUCUGGCUGGGAAACAGCAGAGGGACAAGUUGGUCCCAGAGACACCAGUACCUUUCAGCUGACCAGGAUGAAUUCUGGGAUUUCAGCUUUCAUGAAAUGGCAAUGUACGACCUCCCAGCCAUGAUCGACCUAAUUCUGCAGAAGACUGGGCAGAAGCAGAUCUACUAUGUUGGCUACUCCCAGGGCUGCACAAUAGCAUUCAUUGCAUUUUCAUCCAUGCCAGAACUGGCUCAGAAAAUCAAAAUGUUUUUUGCCCUGGCUCCAGUAGUAACAAUCAAGUAUGCCAAAAGUCCCGUCAUGAAAAUGUCCUUCCUUCUGGACAGGCGAUCCAAGACAUUUCAGCUUCUGCUCGGCAGGACAGAUGCCUCGCUGCGGAUCAGGAAGCUGUGGAGGUUUCUCCCCAAGCUGUGCAGGCACCUGCUGCUGCGCAAGUCUUGUGCCAACCUUCUCUUUCUGCUGGGCGGCUACAAUGAGAAGAACCUCAACAUGACCCGGCUGGAUGUGUACACCUCCCACUAUCCGGAUAGGACCUCUGUCAAAAAUAUGAUACACUGGGCCCAG